GUCUAGCUAUUAUUCGUUCAGUUCAGGUGGUCUCCGGAUCGUUUAGCUCAGAGUGUUCCUUAAAAGUGAAAAAAAAGACCAAAAUGACACCUGGAAAGUGGUUGCAAGUGUUGGCCGGUGGAGUUCUGAUACUGAGUGCAGUGACCCUGGUGAAGAGUCAAAUCCCAGGAUUGGGAGGAUGUCCGGACUAUCAGCCGAUACAUAAGUUUAACAGGACCAGGUUCCUGGGCACCUGGUAUGAAGUGGAACGAUAUUUUACCGUCAGUGAGGUGGCCACCAAGUGUGUUUCGGCAACGUACGAGCUGAAGCCAGAUGGGAAAAUCUACGUGCGGAAUGCGGUAACCAAUCGUUUCAACAAUGUAGAGCGCAUCAUUUCUGGCAUCAUGGACUCAUCGGCAAAAACCAAGGACGGAAAAUACACUGUCCAGUACCAAUCAUUCCCCUACAACUACAACGCAUCGUUCAUGGUUCUGGACACGGAUUACGAUAACUUUGCCGUCAUCUUUUCCUGCAGCACGAUCGGACCAGUUGGCCAUACAAUUUCGGCCUGGUUACUGGCUCGUACUCGCCUCCCAGAGGGUCCAAUCCUUCAGCGAGCCUACGGAGUGCUGGAUAAGUAUCGCAUCAACAGAACGUUCUUCGUCAAAACCAUCCAGGAGGAUUGCGUCAUUCGGGCUCCCCCACAGCCAGCCAUUGAUCCCACCGAAGCGCCAGAUAGCAGUCGCGUGUCCCACGACGGAGGCUCCACAGCAAUCCAAACGGAGGAAGAGUUGAACCAGCUGAGGAACGAAAUCUUCGCCAUGCCAUCGAAUCCGGACAUUCAGGUGGAUCCCGUAGUCGAAGAGAAUGAGUAGAUUUUUCUACUGACACUUUAUUUUUCCUAAGAAAAUACUAUUUAUUUUGUUUAUUUAUCUUAUUUACAAAUUGGUGAAAAUCAAUGAGAAAAUUAAUUCUUAAAUAAAACAACUUAAUCAAUACAAAA